AUGAGAACAACCUUGUUGUGGGGCGACAACUAUACUGAUAAGAAUGGCUCUCCGACAGCAACCAAUGCUGUUGCCUAUUCCCCUGAUGGAACUUUAUUGGUCUCGGCUAGUUAUAAGCACGUGUUGAUCUACAACGCCAUAAACUUCCAGUUUAUUAAACACUGCAGAGCCCAUACCGACACCGUUUAUUGUCUCGCUUUUGCUAAGGACGGAAAAGUUUUUGCUUCUGGAGGAGCUGACAACACUGUGAUUGUGUGGACAAACACCGGAGAAGGCAAAUUGAAAUACAGUCACAACGAUUCAAUUCAAUGUGUAGCAUUUAAUCCAUCAACAAAUCAAUUAUUGAGUUGUGCAUGUACUGAUUUCGCAAUAUGGUCACAAGAUGAAAAAGAAAUUCAAAAGACAAAAGUAAAUUCCAAGAUAUUAUGCUGCAGUUGGACAAAUGACGGCCAACAUUUAGCUCUUGGAUUCUUUGAUGGCACUGUCAGAAUUUUCAACAGAGAGGCAAAGGAACUUGUAAACUUUACACGAUCGGAGCCAAUUUGGACAAUAUCUUUUAAUCCAUCAAGAGAUGAACAGUAUGACAUACUUGCUGUUGGCUGUUGGGAUCAAACACUGUCUUUCUACCAUUUAAGUGGCAAACAAAUUAUUAAGGAUCAAAAGCUUGGAUUUGACCCUUGUUGUAUUUCAUACUUUAGCAAUGGAGAAUAUUUAUGUGUUGGUGGAUCAUCAGGAGAAGUGUCUCUAUGGAACAAGGAUGGAGUUCAAUUAGUACCAAUAUCAAAACAUCAAGGAUGGGUGUGGGGAGUAGCUCAAAAGCCAAAUCAAAACUAUGUGGCCGUCGGAACCAAUGAAGGUGCUCUUCAAGUUUUUAAAUUAGACUUCAUCACUGUUCACAGUUUGUAUGGAAAUAUUUAUGCCUUCAGAGAUUCAAUGACGGAUGUAGUUGUUCAAGAUCUUGUAAAUGACAAGAAAGUUACAGUGAAAUGCAAGGAUUACGUGAAGAAAAUAGCUAUUUACAGAGACAGAAUGGCUGUUCAACUAAAAAACAAAAUUCAUAUUUUGGAACUGACCAAUUCCAAGACUGAAAAUGAAUCGGGUGAAGAGGUAGAAGAAGAAAUGCAAUACAGAAUAAUAGAAAAAAUAUUUAAGGAUAUUGAGUGUAGCAUGCUUGUCAUUACAUAUGGAAAUUUGAUUUUGUGCCACGAAAAAGAAUUGAACUUGUAUGAUUUUAAAGGCAAUUUACAAAGGGUGUGGGAUUUGGAUGCACCAAUCAAGUAUAUUAAGGUUAUUGGUGGUCCUCCUUUUAAAGAAGCUCUGCUGGUUGGUCUAUCGAAUGGAUCUAUUUUGAAAAUCUUUGUUGAUAAUCCAUUUCCUGUUCAACUCUUAAAACAUGACUUUUCUAUUCGAAGCUUGGACCUUAACAUGAGCCGAAGAAAACUGGCACUCGUAGAUCAAAACAAUGAUCUCAUGGUUUAUGAUUUAAAAGAAAAGAAAUAUAUUUAUCAAGAAAAGAAUGCAGAGGGAGUUGCUUGGAAUUCAGAACAUGAACAUAUGUUAUGUUAUUCAGGAAGUGGUUUUCUAAACAUCAAGACUGAAAAUUUCCCUGUUAACCAACACAAACUACAAGGAUUAGUGGUUGGUUUUACCGGUUCCAAGGUGUUUUGUUUACAUCAAGUGUCUAUGAGCACUGUUGACGUGCCACAAUCUGCAACUCUUUUUAGAUAUAUUGAGAAAGGAGACUUUCAAGAGGGUUACAAAAUCGCUUGCUUAGGUGUCACAGAAUCCGAUUGGAGAUUGUUAGGAGUUCAGGCGUUACUAGGUGUGAAUUUAGAUAUUGCAAGAAGGUGCUUCAACCGAAUCGAGGAUACAAAGUUUAUAUCUCUUAUAGACAAGUACGAGAAGUUAAUUAAGCAAAAUCAAUUCAACAGAGAUUUAUUUGUUGGUGAAAUUCAUGCUUAUCAAGGAAGAUUUGACGAAGCAUCAAAAAUGUUCGUCAAAGGAGGACGAGCAGAUCUGGCUAUGGAUAUGUUGUGUGAUUUAAGGAAAUGGAAGGAGGCUAAAGAACUUGCACUAACAUAUGACAACAUCAACCUCACAGAUAUGAUAUUGCGCCAAGCUAAAACGUCAGAAGAAGAUAACGAUCUUAAAUCAGCAGCUGAGUUGUAUGCAGCUGCAGGUAACUACGACAAAGCUGUUCAGAUCAUGGGUGAUAAUAAGUGGUUUGACCUGUUAUUGGAAACUUGUAGAAAUUUAAAUCCAAACGAGGCUAGAGGUGUGGCUAUGUGUGCUGAAUAUUUCAGAAAGAACAAACUCUAUGAUUAUGCAAAAGAAGCGUAUCAAAAGAUUGGAGAUUAUUCUUCGCUGAUUAAGCUAUUUGUGACCUCCGAAAAAUGGGAUUCAGCGUUCGAGGUUUUAGAGAAACAUCCAGAAUUUUCUGCCGAAGUAUACCUUCCAUAUGCAGAGCAUUUAGCAAUUGAGGAUCGAUUUGAUGAAGCUCAGGAAGCGUUUAGGAAAGCAAAUAGGCCAGAAAAAGCGUUAAGAAUCAUUGAAGAACUUGCCCAAAAUGCGAUUGAUGAAAAUAGGUUUAAGGAUGCAGCAUAUUAUUUAUGGAAAGUUGCACAUGAAAUCAUGAUCAACACAAAGAACGAGCAAGUGGUGACAGAAUCUGUUUGGAAAGAAAUCAAAAAGUUUGAGAAAUAUUACCGUCUGAGCCAAAUUUAUUUUGCGUAUGACCUUGUGCACAAAUAUUCAGAGCUUCCAUUCAACUCAGUGGAUACGAGACAUCUCUUCAAUGCCUGCUUAUACCUCUAUAAUAAUUUGGACGUUUCUAAUCUUCCCAAAGGAGUCUCCAGGAUCACAAUAACGGUCACUAUGGCAAAACUUGGCCUUUCUCUUGAAAACUACAAGUUGGCAAGAGAGGUUUAUCAAAAUAUUCAACAUUUACGACUGCCAAAACCAAUAAUGGAUGAAAUUGAAUUAUCUAGCAUUUCUAUUCACAGCAAGCCAAUGAGAAACAAUGAAGAAUGUACACCAAUCUGCUUUAGAUGCUCUGCGUCCAAUCCAUUCUUGAACGAAAGAGGUGUUGACAGCUGUGUAAAUUGUGGCCAUCAAUUCCAACGAUCACCUCUCUCAUAUCAUAUUCUUCCUCUUGUUGAAUUUGAACUUGAAGAUGGAAUUGAGGAAGAAGAAGCGAUCAAAUUAAUCAACCAGGCACCUCCAUCACUCUCAAGAAAAGCAACAGAUCGAUGGAAAGAAAGUAAGUCCUCGAAUGUCCAGACAUUGCGCCUAGAUGGAGAAGACGAGCCCUAUGAAGAACCAUCACCAAUCGCAGAUCAGUUUAGCAAGGCUUUGUUAAAAAUUGACGGAAAGGUCGUAAAAGUCAAUAGAGAAAUGCUCAAAUCUUUCAAAAGAGAGGAUGUAUUUAUUGUGGAUUGGAAGAAUCCUUUGAUCAGGAGACAUUUCUUCAAAUGCAUUAUUCCAAAUUUUCCAAUUGUUCAGUGUAAUCAUUGUAACCUAUUUUUCCAUCAAGAAGAUUUUGAAUUCGAAGUUUUAAAGAAUAACGGAAAAUGCCCAUUUUGCCAACACUAA